CCAUCCAGAUGUGUAUCUAAGAAGACGGCGACGGUAUUAAAUGGACUUUUCGUUAUUUAUUUGUUGCAAGCUGACGCCGCAGGAGUUGGAUAUUGUGGAGUUGUUCUGAUGUUUAAUAGGAAACACCUGUAGCUGUAUCUCCUAUCUGUACAUACACCAGUCUAAUGUAUUUGGACUCUUAUUCCACACAACAACAAAAAAAACAGAAAUGUUUUGAUACACAUCUAUUUUCAGCAGGCAGGGAAGGGCUUUGCUCUCUCUCUCUCUCUCUCUCUCUCUCUGACGCCGUCGGCCAUCUAAUCUCCGAUGCAAAAAGAGCGAAGGUAAAGCCAUUUACUGGUCCGUUAAUAUCUAAGCUUUUCCUCUCGGAUCUCUGUGUUGCUGCUGCUCGCAGACAGGAACAUGGAUAGAGAAGAAUUCGUUGUGACAAGAGCUUUGACUGGAUUUAUAUGGAUGGAGUUUUCUUGUCCAAACUAAAAUAAUAAUUAUAAAAGACAGUUGAGUCGAGCUCAACAACCGACCACGGUGCGUCUGGCGGUUCGUGAUCACCAUCCCUUUUUUGUUGUUGUUGUUGCGCACCGCUUUUUAGAUGUUUUAUUAAUUGAAUGCAUUUUUAAUGUAGCUUAUAUUUUAAAUUAAAACAACCAUGGGGGGCACAGAUGAGUGUAAAACUAUGCUGGAUGCUUUGAACAAAGUCACAGCGUGCUACAGGCACCUGGUCAUCGCGUUGGGCAGCACAUCGGAUUCUCAGAACCUACGCGAGGAACUUAAAAAGACCCGGAAGAAAGCUCAGGAGCUCGCUGUGGCCAACCGGCAUAAACUAACCGAGUUGCUCAAAGACAAGACCAUCAGCAAGGACGACCGUGCUGAGUAUGAGAGGCUAUGGGUGUUGUUCACCAGCAGCAUGGAGCUACUGGAAGUGGACAUGAAGCGAAGCUUGGAGAUAGGGCAGGAGUUUCCCCUCAAGGUGCCCACCAGACACCUCAUCCAGACGGGUAUGACUGGCAGCACCACCACGGUGGCCGCCAGGGCCAUGUCUUGUCAGAACAUGAAAUACGACGCGGACAGCAACAUCGACACUGCCGACUUGAAGGAGCUCCAAGCCGAGAUCACCCAGGUGGGUCAGAUGAUGGAAGAGAUGGAGAUGAAGGUGCAGGUGGCACCGUGGGCCGUGGAGGCCAAGCAGGAAGCCGGCGCCGAGCUCAAAUCCACCCUGAGUGUCGGGAAUUCCUCCGUGGGUGUCAUAUCCAUCUGCGAUGAGGAGCCCAAAGACGAGAUAAAUGAAGGGGGUGACAAUAACGGAAUGAUCACAUGCAUCGCCGGGUUGAUAUUCAUUGCUAUUGUUGUGAUCGCCGGGGUCCUAGGAUACUUCGUAAUCGGCGGAUAG